CAAAAUCCCUAAUUUUCAAAUUGACUUCAAUAUUUUUCCCCUCAAAACCCGUCAACAACAUCACGCCGCCUCUCUCGUCCCGAUUUUCCGACGGUUUUCCCUCAACCUCCAUGCCCAUUUACCUCUCUUUCACCUUCCCACCGCCCUAGUCUCCGCAGAACCCUAAAGGGGAACGAACUCGCGAACCGAAGCCGUCGCUGCAGCUGAAGUGGCAUCGUUGCUGUCGUUUUCGCUGGUGAGAAUCACUAGCCGGAAUCGCCCGCCUUCGAUCAUGGAGUGAUAAGUUUCUGCUGGAUGGCCGCUGCCCGUCACCUCCAGAUUGUGCAGCGUGAGUUUGCCCCGGGUUGUUUAUGUGAGUUUUUGGCGGUGGUGGUAUUUACGUGAUUGAGUGCAGGCUUGGAUUCUGAGCCUGUUUGUUAAGUUAGAUGGAGCUAACGAAAAAAGAUGCAGAUACUGAAAAAGUAAGAGAUUCGCAAGAUGGUCCCGUGUUCAUAAAUGAAGGGCAACCUUCCUUGGGCAGCGGAGAGCCUCUGGGCAUUACCCCAGCGAAGAAGAGUUUUGAAGGGAAAGAUGCUUUAUCAUACGCUAACAUUCUCCGCUCCAGGAACAAGUUCGUGGAUGCAUUUUCUGUCUACGAGACCAUUCUGGAGAAGGAUACUGAAAAUGUUGAAGCUUUUAUUGGUAAAGGGUUUUGCCUACAAAUGCAGAACUUGGGGAGGCCCGCGUAUGAGAGUUUCGCUGAAGCUGUGAGGCUGGAUCCUCAAAAUGCCUGUGCUCUUACACACUGUGGUAUCUUGUAUAAAGACGAGGGUCGACUGGUGGAGGCAGCUGAGAUGUAUCAGAAAGCUCUUAAGGCUGACCCUGCAUACAAGCUUGCAGCGGAAUGCUUGGCCAUUGUUUUGACGGACCUUGGAACCAGCUUAAAGCUUGCUGGUAAUACUCAAGAGGGAAUUCAGAAGUAUUACGAAGCUAUCAAAAUUGACCCACACUAUGCUCCUGCUUAUUAUAACCUCGGUGUCGUCUAUUCCGAAAUGAUGCAAUAUGACACAGCCCUUAAUUGCUACGAAAAAGCUGCAAUAGAGCGACCUAUGUAUGCUGAAGCAUAUUGCAACAUGGGCGUUAUAUACAAAAAUCGUGGGGAUCUGGAGUCAGCAAUUGCCUGUUAUGAAAGGUGUCUGACUGUCUCUCCAAACUUCGAGAUAGCAAAAAAUAACAUGGCCAUUGCAUUAACUGAUUUAGGCACGAAGGUAAAAUUGGAGGGUGAUAUCAACCAGGGCAUUGCAUAUUAUAAGAAAGCUCUGUACUAUAACUGGCACUAUGCUGAUGCUAUGUAUAACCUUGGCGUUGCUUAUGGAGAAAUGUUGAAGUUUGAUAUGGCCAUUGUAUUUUAUGAACUGGCCUUCCACUUCAAUCCUCAUUGUGCAGAGGCUUGCAACAAUUUAGGUGUUAUAUAUAAGGACCGUGACAACCUAGAUAAAGCAGUAGAGUGUUACCAGUUGGCAUUGUCAAUCAAGGCAAAUUUUUCCCAAUCAUUGAACAAUCUUGGAGUUGUAUAUACUGUCCAGGGUAAAAUGGAUGCUGCAGCAAGUAUGAUUGAGAAAGCUAUUGUUGCAAAUCCGACUUAUGCAGAAGCUUAUAAUAAUCUAGGGGUCCUUUAUAGAGAUGCUGGCAACAUAUCUCUUGCAGUUGAAGCUUAUGAGCAGUGCCUCAAAAUAGAUCCUGACUCUCGCAAUGCAGGCCAGAAUCGGUUGCUUGCUAUGAACUAUAUACAUGAUGGGACUGAUGAUAAAUUAUAUGAGGCUCACAGGGAUUGGGGCAGGCGCUUUAUGAGGUUAUUCCCACAAUAUACUUCCUGGGACAACGAAAAUGACCCAGAAAGGCCACUUGUCAUUGGAUAUGUGUCUCCUGAUUAUUUUACUCAUUCAGUCUCAUACUUUAUUGAAGCCCCACUUAUCUAUCAUGACUAUACAGCCUAUAAGGUGGUUGUUUAUUCAGCAGUUGUCAAAGCAGAUGCAAAAACAAACAGGUUUAGAGAUAGGGUCCUAAAAAAUGGUGGAGAAUGGAGGGAUAUUUAUGGGAUUGAUGAGAAAAAAGUUGCAAGCAUGGUCAGAGAAGAUAAAAUUGAUAUCCUUGUUGAACUUACUGGUCAUACUGCAAAUAACAAGUUGGGAAUGAUGGCUUGCCGGCCUGCACCUGUUCAGGUGACAUGGAUUGGCUACCCUAAUACAGCUGGUUUACCUACCAUUGAUUACAGGAUAACUGAUGCGCUGGCUGAUCCAUCUGAUACAAAACAAAAACAUGUUGAAGAGUUAGUCCGAUUACCUGACUCGUUUCUGUGCUACACUCCUUCGCCAGAAGCAGGUCCAGUGUGUCCAACACCUGCACUAUCUAAUGGCUUUGUUACUUUUGGUAGCUUUAACAAUCUGGCAAAGAUAACACCUAAAGUGCUGCAAGUAUGGGCAAGAAUUCUUUGUGCUGUUCCAAAUUCUCGGCUCAUUGUGAAGUGUAAGCCUUUUUGCUGUGAAAGUGUGAGACAACAAUUUCUUUCAGCACUGGAGAAGUUGGGACUGGAAUCCCUGCGCGUUGAUCUUCUGCCUCUAAUUCUUCUCAAUCAUGAUCAUAUGCAAUCAUAUUCUUUGAUGGACAUAAGCUUGGAUACAUUUCCAUAUGCUGGGACAACUACCACAUGUGAGUCUUUGUACAUGGGAGUCCCAUGUGUCGCUAUGAGAGGCUUAGUGCAUGCUCAUAAUGUUGGUGUGAGUCUUCUGCAGACUGUCGGUUUAAAAAACCUGGUUGCCGAGAAUGAAGAUGAAUAUGUUGAGCGGGCUGUGCAGUUGGCCUCUGAUAUUACAGCCCUCUCAAAUUUAAGAAUGAGGCUGCGAGAUCUCAUGGUUAAAUCCCCUCUUUGUCAUGGAUCUAAAUUCACCAGGGGACUAGAGUCAGCAUACAGAAAUAUGUGGCAUCGAUACUGCAAGGGUGACGUGCCAUCUCUGAGGCGAAUGGAACUGCAACCCCAGCAGCAGCAGGAGCAGCCUCAUUUGCAACAGGUUGGUCCAGAAGAGCUGGCCAUAAAAUUUUCUGAACCUGCCAAGUCAGAUGCCCUCCAAGCAACCGUCAAGGUAAAUGGUUUUACAGCGGGACAGUGUUCCUCGAUCAAUAGUUCACGUGUAGAGGAAAACGGGUCACUCCCAAAUCAGAACUGUAGUUCGGGAAAAUUGAGUUGAGUGGUAUUAGCCAGUGGCAAGUUUCAAAAGGUGAUUGGAGUCCCCUUGUACCAUAAUAUUUAUGGGGCUUUAUACACGGUAGGAUUCGUGGUGGCAGCAUCUGCAGAACGCGAGCUGAUUGUUUUUGAACUUAGUCUAGGAUGCAAAUCUCAACUAUUUGUUUGGUUAAAGGGGUGUAAUUUAGCUCAGAAACUUAAAAUGGUAUGUGAUUGUAUCAAAGAAUGUUGUGAAUUUUCCCCCAUAGCUCCCGAUUAUAAAUGGGGGUUUGCAAUAUAUAUAUAUAUGAUUAUUGUUGCAGCAGGUAAA